GAAAGAGGCAGCCCUUACUGUAAAUACAGGGGUCCUUGGAGCAGUUUCUGCUAACAAAGCUCCAAAAUGGCGGCAGAGGUGUACCUGCUGUGGCUGCUGUCUCUUUUACAGACGCUGUCGGCGUACGGAGCUGAUCUGUCGUCUGAGGCAUGCAGGGAGCUGGGCUUCUCCAGCAACCUGCUGUGCAGCUCCUGUGACCUGCUCGGGGAGUUCAGCCUCACCAAGCUCCAGCCCGGCUGCCGGCAGUGCUGUCAGCAGGAGGCCCAGAUGGAAGCGCGCAAGCUCUAUGCUGGGGCCAUCCUCGAGGUGUGUGGAUGAAAACUGGGGAGGUUCCCCCAAGUCCAAGCUUUUGUCAGGAGUGACAAGCCAAAAAUGUUCAAGGGUCUUCAGAUCAAGUACGUUAGAGGCUCAGAUCCUGUAUUAAAGCUUUUGGACGAUAACGGGAACAUCGCUGAAGAGCUCAGCAUCCUCAAGUGGAACACAGACAGCGUAGAGGAGUUCCUGAGUGAGAAAUUAGACCGGAUAUAGACACAAGAAACCAACUUUUUUUUGUUUGUUUGUUUUGUUUUUAGGCUUUAGUUAAAUGGUCUGUUCACUCAAAUUACAAUCCCUCCAGUGGUGCCUAGGCAUGCAGAUAUUUUCUGUUGAGUGUGCGAGUGGUUUAAAAAUAUCUCUCCAAUAUCACUCAAUACAGUUUUGUUUGUGGUGCUCACAGCAUUGAAAAGUAACAUCUAAAAUACUUAACAGUUCCUGGUUACUAUAUAUCAAGACUUUUUUUUAUUAGAACUACUUUCUACUAAAGAAAUAGUAGCAACAGAGCUUUAUUUCUGGAAACAUUUGUAGAUGUUAAUCUAAUUUUAAGCACCACAAACAAAACAUUCCCCCUUUAUUGUAUUUAGUUUGCAGAAAUCACAAGAGACAGAUCUUUUAACAUUUGAGCACAUUAAACUAAAACUAUCUACAUGGAUAGAGUCUACUAUGGGAAUGUGAGGGAAAAAAUGUUUUUUUGUGGUUUGAGUGAACUGCGCCGUUAUUUACAAAUUUGUACACACCUUGGCCUUGAUGGACGGUUGUGAAAUCACUGCUCUAUAUGACAGUUUUUGUAUCUGGGAAAUGAUGAAUUUUGUGUCCGAGUUUUACCAAAUAACUUAUGUGAAAGUGUAAAAACACAUAAUCACAGAGCCCAUAUGGGCAGCACAUCCAAAAUAAUGACCAACAUUACAGAUGAAUCAUGGCUCAAAGUGGGUCCAUUUAGAUUUAAAAAUCAAUGCACACCUGACUUAUUAUUGUCUACCUGUGGGAGUUUCUGUUUCCCUCCUGUUAGUCUGAUAUUCUUGUAUACUUUUUUUUUUUUUUUUUUAUAACUUGACAUUGUGACUGAUGGGGUUUGUAGUGAGAAUGAAUCCUAGUUGCUCUCCAAAUGCAGAAGUCUUUGCUGAAUCACACAUUAGUGAAGACCUCACAGUAAACCAAUGCUGGGAUGUGAGGUCUGAUGUAUAUUUGUGUUUUUUUUUUGGCCUCUUUAGCUUUGAAGAGAAACUGGAUUUAUUUUGGAUGCUUGUUUUUGAGCGAGUGUGGUGACUGUUUAAAUAUGCAACAAUAAACAAAGUCUCUGAUGGUU